CGCAAACUCUGCAUUAGGAAAGAAGAGAGACUUAGAGAGUUUCACUAUUGUCGAUCUCUCCAAGGCAUCCUCGGCGGUGAAAGUUAAUUCCGACAUGGCUUCAGCUGAUUCUAGAGAAUUCGUGGCAGUUAACAUGCCAAUAGAAAUUGAUGAAGGGGUUGGCCGCAGGUCUGGUUCUAGCGAAUUCGUAGCAGUUAACAUGCCAAUAGAAAUUGAUGAAGGGGUUCGCCACAAGUUGAUUUCCAUCAAUUCAGAGUUUCUCUCUAGGAAAAUGAAGUCCAGGCUAUUGAACCACCCCGAGCUGACCAUUUGUGAUUUGACGGAGGAUUAUAAGAAGGAGAAGAUUAGCCUUUUUCAUCAUCUCUGGACUACUUCGCAAUGGGGACGAGAGGAUGAGAAAGACAAGACAAUGGAUGGGUGGAUAAGAACACACUCGAUCGCUUGAGAAGACUCACUAGGAAAAACAUUUCAGCGUGGGAUAUGAAGAGGCUAAUGCAUAUUGUCCGGAAAGGGGUGUUGUCUACUUUAGAUGAACAACUUCAUGGGUCAAGGGGUAGAGAUGAAUCUGCUGGGCAGAUUACGAGUCAAAAAUUGGCAAAAGUUGUAGCGAAGAAGAUUUUUGACAUUGUUGCCAAGCGAGGAUCCGAUUUAUUUACACAGAGGAUCUCCUAUGCUUUAUGAGGGAGGAUGACGCUAUGAAAGUGAUGCGCCUCUUUGAAGGUUAAAAUGAGGAGACCAAAGGGAUUAGUAAAGGAGUUCUCAAAAAUUGGGUGAUUCUAUUGGUGGCUUUCAUGUUUGGAACCAUGGCCAAGACAUUGUUUGAGGCCAUCAUUUUUUAUUCGUAAUGCAUCCGUAUGAUGUUGGUGACCGUGUUGAAAUCGACAGAGUUCAGAUGGUUGUCGAAGAGAUGAAUCUAUUGACAACUGUGUUCCUCAGAGAUGACAAUCAAAAAAUAAUGUAUCC